CCAGUUAUGUAGCGAAUCGUAUAUGCGAGGAGUUACGUUAAACCGGGUCAAAGUCCUAAAAAGAGCCCAACUGGAGGACGAUGUCAUUUAACUCGCCGAUCGCGCCCAUGAAUUCAUUGCGCUUGCGUUGCGUGCGCUGUCCCUUAUUGUCUGUGGUAGUGAGAGCCAGGCGAGGAUCACGAUAGAGCACCCGGCGCUCAUCGACGACCUUUUCGAACGGACCGGGGAUUGCGAGAUUAACCUGCACCAUGGCGAGUUGCAGAAUCUUUGGGGCCCUCACCAAAUUCUCGAGGACAAACAUCAACUAUAUCACGAGAGCAGCUUUGUAUCAACCACUGAGGACUAUAGCAAGUGCUUCUGAUAAGAAACACUUUAAGUCAAAGAUUGUCGAUGAUGUUGCGGUAAUUUCCCUGGAUUCUCCAGGGGCAAAGGUGAAUUCAUUGAAUCAAGAAGUUAUGGAGGAAAUAGCAUCGGUUUUAAGAGAAAUUGAUUCAAACUCUUCAGUCAGAUCAGUCGUCUUCACCAGUGGAAAACCUGAUUGUUUCAUUGCUGGUGCAGAUAUUACAAUGGUUCAAAAGUUCAAAGACGAGAACGAUGGAUACGAGUUAUGCAAAGGGGGCCAACGAAUUCUCAACUCAAUAGCGGAAAGUAAGAAACCGAUAGUUGCAGCAAUUCAAGGCAGUUGCCUGGGCGGUGGUCUUGAGGUGGCAUUGGCAUGUCAUUACCGGGUAGCGGUAAAUGAUCCAAAAACUAAACUAGGUCUUCCCGAAGUGAUGUUGGGUCUUCUUCCUGGUGCAGGGGGUACACAACGUUUACCCAAAUUAGUUUCUCUCCCAGAUGCCUUAGACAUGAUUUUAACAGGCAAGAAUAUUAGGCCUGAUAAAGCGAAGAAGCUUGGAUUCGUCGAUGUAGUGGUCAGUCCUCUUGGUCCAGGACUUGCUACACCAAAGGAAAACACAUUAAGGUACCUGGAGGAAACUGCAAUAUUGGCUGCCAAGGAUAUUGCAAACGGGAAACUAAGCAUCGAUCGUAAACCAAAGAAUGUUACGCAAAAAGUAAUGAGCUUUGCUUUCGGCUUAAAUUUUGUUAGAGAUCAAAUAUUCAAGAAAGCGAAAGCGCAAGUCAUGAAGGCUUCAAGGGGUCUUUAUCCAGCUCCGCUUAAAAUAUUAGAAGUGGUUCGCACUGGUCUCGAUAAAGGUAUUGAUGCCGGAUUCGAGGCAGAAGCUCGAGCUUUUGGACAAUUAGCAGUCACCCCACAGUGUAAAGGUCUAAUAAGUCUCUUCUUUGGCCAGACUGCUUGCAAGAGAAAUCGAUUUGGACCGCCCAAAAGUGCUACCAAGACAGUAGCUGUUGUUGGUGCAGGCCUAAUGGGUGCUGGCAUCGCACAAGUCAGCAUCGAUAAAGGAUAUAAUGUAAUUUUAAAGGAUACAAAUGAGGCUGGUCUUGGUAGAGGUCUCGGCCAAAUUCAGACUAACUUGCUACAGGCAGUUAAGAGGAAACGCUUAACAAGUCUGGAAAAAGACCGAUAUUUGGCGAAUCUCUUGCCGACGUUAUCGUACGACUCGUUUAAGAAGGCUGACAUCGUUAUAGAAGCUGUAUUUGAAGACCUUUCAAUUAAGCAUAAGGUCAUUAAAGAGAUCGAAUCUGUUACUCCAUCGCACUGUAUAAUAGCAACAAAUACAUCUGCCAUCCCUAUUACCAAGAUUGCUGCUGGCAGUAGCAGACCUGACAAAGUCAUCGGUAUGCAUUAUUUCUCUCCAGUGGACAAGAUGCAACUCCUAGAAAUUAUCACUCACAAGGGAACCGCUGACGAGACCAUCAGAACUGCCGUUGACGUUGGUUUAAAACAAGGCAAAGUAGUCAUUACUGUUGGCGAUGGACCUGGGUUCUAUACCACAAGGAUACUUAGUGCUAUGAUAGCAGAAGGAGUCAAGCUCUUACAGGAAGGCGUAGAUCCUGUAGAUCUAGAUAACUUGACGAAAUCAUUCGGUUUCCCUGUGGGAUUAGCCACAUUAUCCGACGAAGUCGGCAUCGAUGUAGGGGCACACAUCAGUGUAGACCUUAGUAAGGCAUUAGGGGCCAGAUUCCAAGUUGGUGACGACAACGUCCUCGUCGCGAUGGUGAAGGCUGGAUUCUUAGGUCGUAAAUCGGGUAAGGGUAUUUUCGUCUAUGAAAAAGGCUCUAAGCAUAAGCAGGUGAACAUGCAGGCGAUAGAUAUCCUCAAGAAGUACAAAUUGGAGCCUAAAGGCAGCACGUCCGACGAAGAUCGCCAGAUGAGAAUGGUCUCUCGAUUUGUCAACGAAGCGGUCAUGUGUCUGGAAGAGAACAUCCUCGCGAACCCGCUCGAAGGAGAUAUUGGAGCAGUUUUCGGUCUAGGCUUCCCACCAUUCUCUGGCGGACCAUUCCGUUGGGUCGACACCUUCGGUGCUCGAAGACUGGUGAACAAGAUGGAAGAAUUCCAGGCCCACUACGGGGAAUCGUUCAAGCCGUGCCAACUGCUCCGCGACAUGGCCUCCGAUUCCAACAAGAAGUUCCAUCCUCAGUAAAGAUAUUAGACUCUAUAUUAAAUUCAGGGGUCUCUGCGAUGUUACGAAACCCGAGACUUUCUCAACUACGGUCACUGGCGGUGGAAUGACCCAUUGCCUCUUACGUAGAAAUCAGUGCAAUCUACACGUUGCUUAAUAACUGCAUUACUUUCAUAGAAUCACUGUUAACUCUGCAGGGCGUGAUACUUCCGUAAUUUUUGAGUGUGCAUUCGUUACACGUUAUACACAGAGCGCUAUUGUAAGUAUAUAUUUUUACACCGAAAGUGUUUAUAAAAUAAAUUGACCGUGCUAAAUGUGGUGA